AUGUCUAAAGUUGACGCUUCACAUAUUGAAAAUCGUGACUCCAAAGCAAAUAUAUCUCAUAUUGAGGUUGAAGGGGUAAGUGAUUCAAAAAUCACACAAGAACAAGAUGUUGGAUUUUUAGAAACUAAUUCAUUAAAAGAUCAAGAAGAAGAAUUAGAAUAUUAUGAUCUUCCUGAAUCUCUUCAAGGUUUAACUCAAGACGAGUUACGUGAAUUGGAUAGAAAAACAACCAGAAAGAUCGACCUUCGUUUAAUGCCAAUGUUAAUUUAUAUUUAUAUUUUAAAUUAUUUGGAUAGAAAUAAUAUUGCUUCUGCUAGAUUAGGUGGAUUAGAAGAAGAUUUAGGAUUGGUUGGUUCUCAAUAUCAAACUGCUAUUUCGAUUUUAUUCGUUGGUUAUAUUACUUUCCAAAUUCCUUCCAAUAUGUUAUUAAAUAAAUUAGGUAGACCCUCAUUAUAUAUCACGACAAUUAUGACCGUUUGGGGUAUAAUAUCUACAUGUACUGGUGCUGUUCAAAGUUAUCAUGGUUUAUUAGCAGUUAGAAUUAUAUUAGGGAUAGUUGAAUCUGGAUUUUUCAGUGGUGCGUUAGCAAUUCUUUCUAAUUGGUAUGACAAGAAGAGUCUUUCAUUUAGGAAUUCUAUUCUUUAUUCUGGUUCAUUAAUGAGUAGUGCAUGGAGUGGAUUAAUUGCCGCUGGUAUUAUUGAUAAUAUGGAUGGAAAAGGAGGUUUAAGAUCCUGGAGAUACUUAUUCUUCAUUGAAGGUGCUAUCACUGUUGUUUCGGUUCCAUUUGCUUAUUUUAUUCUUCCUGAUAAUCCUUCUAAUACUAAGUUUCUUAAUCAACAAGAAAAGGAUAUUAUUCAAUGGAAAUUAAAAAGAGAUAUUGGUACUUCAGACUCUGAUCAAGAAGCUCAAGAAUCUACUGUAACUGGAUUCUUAUUAGCUGUUAAAGAUUUAAAGGUUUGGUUGGUAACACUUAUAUUAACAUUCUUAGUUGCUGCUUGUGGUGUCACCAAUUUUUUCCCAUCCGUUGUUCAAACCUUGAAUUUCAGUAAGACCGUCACCUUAUGUUUAACCGCUCCUCCAUAUUGUAUUGCUGUUGUUGCAACCUACAUAUGGUCAAGGCAUGCUGAUAAAACUGGAGAAAGAUUUUUACAUGUAUCGAUUCCAUUAGUUGGAGCAUUAAUAUCAUUCAUAAUUUCAGCAUCAACAUUAAAUACUGGAGCUAGAUAUUUUGCCAUGUGUUUAAUGAUUCCUUCAUUAUAUUGUUCAUUUACGAUUAUAUUGUCAUGGAUGUCUAAUUGUUGUCCCAGACCACCAGCCAAAAGAGCAGUUGCACUUGCAUUAAUGAACUGUAUUUCUAAUUCUACAUCUAUUUGGAAUGCUUAUUUAUAUCCUGCUAGUGCUGCCCCAAGAUAUUUAACUGCCUUUAUUUGUAACUGUGUAUUCAUCUUAUGUGCCAUUAUAUUUGCUGUUGUUUUACGAGUUAGAUUAAUGACAUUAAAUAAGAGAAUUGAAAGAGGAACAAUUAAUUGGACCAAGGAAUUAGGUCAAGGUAAUGAUGCAUCGAAGGUAGCUGCAGAUUUUAGAUUUUUGUAUUAG